GAAGAAGAAGAAGAAGAAGAAGAGAUGACGUAUCAACAAAGUGCCGGACGUUUUCAUUAUAUUCAAAAUGGCUUACCAGACACUACAGCAGGAGUAUUUGCAGAUUCCUGUUGUCACCAGGGCUUAUACCACCGCAUGCGUCCUCACAACUGCAGCAGUGCAACUUGAGCUCAUCACACCAUUUCAGCUUUACUUCAAUCCAGAUUUGAUUCUAAGGAAUUACCAAGUAUGGCGAAUAAUAACCAACUUCCUGUUUUUUGGUCCAGUUGGCUUCAAUUUCCUGUUCAAUAUGAUCUUUCUUUACAGAUACUGCCGCAUGUUAGAGGAGGGCUCUUUCAGGGGAAGAACAGCUGACUUCGUCUUCAUGUUCCUCUUUGGCGGUUUUCUGAUGACUAUAUUUGGCACUUUUGUAAGUCUUGUGUUCCUAGGCCAAGCUUUCACCAUCAUGCUAGUAUACAUUUGGAGUCGACGAAAUCCAAAUGUGCGCAUGAAUUUCUUUGGCCUGUUGAAUUUCCAGGCGCCAUUUCUCCCCUGGGUCCUAAUGGGAUUCUCACUUCUGCUCGGCAACUCCAUCAUCGUGGACCUUUUAGGUAUUGCUGUUGGUCAUGUCUAUUACUUCCUAGAGGAUGUUUUCCCGAACCAGCCAGGUGGUGGAAGGUGGCUCAAGACCCCAUCUAUCAUAAAGAUGUUGUUUCACACUCCAGAAGAAGAUGCAAACUACAACCCCCUACCUGAGGAACGCCCAGGAGGGUUUGCUUGGGGUGAAGGACAGCGCCUUGGAGGUUAAGUGUGGCCCCACAUCAUCCUUCGUUGUGAGGUCAAGUCCAAGAAUAUUCCCUCAGAGAAUAACUAACAUGCUUUUGACAUGUUAAUUUAUAUCUGGAGGAAGAAUGCCAAAACUGCUCUUGAUGCCAUAUCAUCACUGUAAGACUAUUACAGAGAACACAAGCUUCAUAUUGAACUUUGAGCAGUGAGUCUUAAGGCUCAGCUGAUUUUUGACUCCGAAUUUUUUUUAUGUCUUAUCAAAAUUAGUUAAGAUUGUAAGUGCAUUGUUUUUCAUUUCACCUUUUUAAAGAAUAAAAGAGUGUAACAAAUAA